CCGCCGCACACCGAGGUUCACCAUGGCGGAGCUGCCGGGGCCAGCCCUGGGCAGGAUACGGCGCUCCCGCCCCCCCUUUGUACCCGCCCCUUCCACCCCCCUUUCCGCCGCUGCCAUGGCGGAACCGGUAGGGCCCUUUCACUUGCUCCGAGCCGGGACAGGCCGAUUCCUCUGCUACUGCGGACCCGACGGCACUGUCUUUGUGACCGACGCGAUAGAGGUCUGGGCCGGGGAGCUCGGUGGCUGCCCGGUGCUCGGCUGUCGGUGCCCGCCGGAGGAGCACGGCGCGAUGCUCAGGGCCGCCCUGGGCCAUGGGGCCGCCGCGCUGAGCCUGGGCCCGGGUUCGGCCACGCUGCGGCUGCCGGAGGAGCCGCGGUGCCCGGCCCUGGUCCUCGCCCAGCUGCCCGCCGCCGAGGCGCGCAGCCAGUUGCAGGCGCUGAUCUUCGGCAUGGCCGGCUGCAUCGAGAGCCUGGAGAGGCGCCUGAAAGGUCCGUGCAGUGGAGACGUUAUCAUCUUCCUGCAGCCCUGAGAAGAACACUGCCCGGAGCCAGCAGCUCUUCCUGCCAGGUAGGCACUGCCAGGGACACCUGCCCUGGUCCCACAAUCUUUUGUCUUCUCCUCCUUGGAAGCUGCUGGUCCCUGUAUCCAUGUGCUCUUCAGGACACUCUGAAUGCCCUUGACUGUGGCUGCUGGCAGCCACACAUUGUCCUGGUGCUCUUCCGUCAGAGCAGGAGCAGUGCUUAAUAUGAUGGCUCUCAGAGUGUCUGGGAUACUCAGGUCAAAGGCUGGGCAUUGCCAACCUCAAAAGGAGGGCAGACUUUACUGUGCUCCAGACUGGAGGCUGUGGCGGAUCCAUGGCUCCUUUUGGGAGGAGGUCAAGUUUGGCCCUUUCUUGCCCUUUGUGGCUGCUGGUCUUGCCAGGCUGGGCUCCCAGAGGCUCCCCCUGGCCCUGGAGGGACUGUAACUCCUGGGUAACUUAUAAUCUGUGUACUGCCUGUUCAUGACUGAGGUAGACCGCAGCCCCAGGAAGAGUAGUGCUUCUGGCUCAGCUUUGUCAGCCAAAAGGAAGGUCCAUGGGGAGUCUCUCAUUAACCCUGGUUUCAAAAGGUCAGUGCUGGGGCUGGGUACUGCUCACUGGGCACCCUGUGAGCUCUGCUCCAAAGCUAUGGUGGCAGCGGGGCUCGGGGCUCUGAUCUCCUUUCAGCAAGAAGGCACCAUC